CGUACAACGUCAUUUCAACAUGGCGGCGUCCGUUGCACACCGCUGGUAUUUUCUUAGUCGCAGUUGGGGAAUAAACCUGCUGACUCCCCGGUUUGUAAAAGUAAAUGUUAGCGAGAGGAAGGACAGAAACAUAACAGUUCUUAGCCACUGCCUCCAUUCAAGUGUUCGCUACAGAAACCGACGGACAGACGGCACACAGGAUGCCCCAAUCCACAUUCCACUAGAGCGCCUGACAGUGUCGUACAGCCGGAGCAGCGGUCCCGGUGGUCAGCAUGUCAACAAAGUGAGCACCAAAGCAGAGGUGCGAUUCCAUGUGCAGACAGCUGACUGGAUCCCACAAGACGUCAGACAAAAAGUCCUUGAAAAGAACAAGACUCGUAUCAACAAGGCAGGGGAGCUGCUGGUGACCUCCGAGCUGAGCAGGAGCCAGCAGAGAAACCUUAGCGACUGUGUUCAGAAGAUCUCUGCCAUCAUAGCCGAGGCCAGUGAGAAGCCAUAUGAGCCCACAGCAGAGGACGUGGCCCUUAGAGCCGGCAGGUUAGAGAAGAGGAACAAGGAGCGGCUAAAACAGAAGAAGAUCCAUUCAGCAACCAAGCAGGGCCGACGAGUGGAUUUUGACUGACAGAUGGACUGUUAUGUUUUGAACUUUCUUGAGUGUAUUGACCAAAAUGUAAUAUAAUUUAUAUGUAUAAAGCUGUUGUACUUUC